GCGCCGGUUGCGUGCCUAUCGUGGGCCCAUGUGGCGAGCGGACGACCUCUUGGACGCGGUUGAGGCGCUUCUGGAGGUCGUGACCCAGGCCGGGGAGAAUGAGGUGGAGUUCGUGGAGAGUGGCACCACAGAGCUGAGCCAGGCUGAAGCAGUGGACAGGCUACUACGAAUGGAGGCAGAGGAGCGGGAGGCUGAUGACAGGGACGAGCGUGCAAUGCUGGAGAUGCAGCUCCACCAUGAGGCGGAACUGGACAGGGCGUUGGAGCAAGACCGCCGAGCCUGGGACCAACAUGCAAGCAGGCAAGCGCAGGAGUGGGAUGACUGGGCCAUGUUUGAUGAAAUGUCCAAGGGCAGGCCUCAGGCCCGGGUGAGACCGCAGCUAUACAUGACUGUGGCAACCAGUCACCUCCAGAACCAGGCGGGCACGAGCCGGACCUGGCGGUUUCCGCUGGCCAAACCCGGUCAAGAGCCAGUUCGUGUGUCCUUUACUGUGGAAGAGGUCAUGGAGCCGGACCCAGAGGACGUGGAGACUGUGUUGGUGGCCUCGCCCAGUUCCAAGCCUACA